AUAAACGGCCAAUUUCCCGGUUACAAUUUCAGGAGGGAUCUGCGUCACAGCGCCCGACGCCUUCGGGACGCUUAGCUCAAGCUUGUUCGUUCGCCUCCGAACCCAUCCCUCUCUGUCCCGGUCCCCGACGCGCUGCCAUAGCGUCCUGCUGGUCAUGCGACGCUGGUCUGCACCAAAAGUACGCGUAUCUGGCCCAAGUCCUAGUCGAACAUGCGCGGUCACGCGGGCAUGCCGAAAAUACAGCGUACAAGCUCAGCAGCAAAGAUUGCUUCCAACGCAACAUGGCGAGCCCACAAAUCCCGUACCGCCACCCCCUAAUGCGCAGCCCAACCCCAAUCGUCCAGACCCUUACAAGUUGCUAGCACCGCAACUGGAACAUCUCCGCCAGACACUACUCAACCUCUUGGGUUCCGCACAUCCCGGGCUCUCCGAAAUCGCGAAGUACUACUUCCUACAUCCUUCAAAACAGCUUAGGCCUCUGCUUGUGCUGUUGUUUUCGCAGGCGACCAAUGGGCUCGGUGGUGGUUGGCACCUCAAGCAGUGGGCGGCGGAGUGCGAGGGUGCGGGAGGGCGAACAGAGGAACUGGACAGACCACUCACGCGAGCGGACGUGUUGAACGACUUCAAUCCCAACAUGUCCGACCACACUGCGUCUUUCGAGACGUCCUUUACCGUCAGAACGCCGCGGCCACCGCGCCAGCCGCCUCUACCGCCUCCCGAGGCAACGAGCACCCAUGCACCGGCACUCACGUCUCCUCUCUGCCUGCUCCCAACCCAGGUUCGCCUCGCACAGAUCGUGGAGAUGAUUCAUGUCGCUUCCCUUCUACACGACGAUGUGAUCGACAAGUCGCCGUUGCGCCGUGGUGUAGCUUCUGCUCCGGCGGCGUUCGGGAACAAGCUCUCCGUGCUGGCGGGUGACUUCCUCUUGGGUCGCACCAGCGCGGCGUUGUCGCGUCUCGGAGACAACGAGGUCGUUGAGCUCAUUGCCAGUGUCAUCGCGAAUCUUGUGGAGGGCGAGAUCUUGCAGCUCAAGUCCGUUCAUGGCGAGGAGCUGGGUCUGAAGGGCGCACCGAGCGCGACCGAGGACUACUUCAACAUCUAUCUCCAGAAGACGUACAUGAAGACGGCGAGCUUGAUGGCGAAGGGCGUACGAGCAGCUGUAGUGCUUGGUGGGUGCAGGGAGGGCGAGGUUUGGAAGGAGGUCGCGUAUGCGUAUGGCCGCAACCUUGGUAUUGCGUUCCAGCUCGUCGAUGACAUUCUCGACUACGAGUCCGGAGAAGCAGCCUUGGGCAAGCCCGGAGGAGCCGAUUUGAAGUUAGGCCUCGCGACAGGGCCCGCGCUGUUCGCUUGGGAGGAACACCCAGACAUGGGACAUCUCAUCAAGCGAAAGUUCUCCCAAGACGGUGACGUCGAACUUGCUCGGGACCUCGUGCGACGGUCUUCGGGCGUCGAGCGCACUCGCGACCUCGCGCUCAGACACGCAGAUAAAGCGCGAGAGGUGCUAGCCAUGCUCCCGGACAGCGACGCGAAGGGUGCGUUGGAGGUCUUGACGGAGCGCGUGGUGAAACGGACGUGGUAGUGAGAGACUAUCCACGGAGCGCCAGCCACCGAUACUAUACACGGACGUUAUAUUCUCUACACCGCCCGGUAACCUACUCCCACCUCGCUCUAUAGCCCGGUUUGUCUUUCUAGACGGGAAUGGUCAGCUCGGGUGACUUGCCACUGAGAAUUGCAUGCGCCAGUGAUGUUGCGGCUUGUGC